GGUAAUUGGGCGGUGAAUGUUCAAUGAGCAAACGGAGUAAUGGCAGUGAUCAUGCGACAGCUCUAUCAGCAUUUGAGCCAACAGCAUGCCCCUUUUCGAUUCUCCCAUACCAAUGUCCGAAAUCGAAAACCGGAGUAACUUCAUCAAGGCUUGCAUGCUCCAUUGGUGGUGACAGGGAAGGGCAUAUGUAUACUGUAAGUGCUUGAAUCUUGAUUUUUAGUUGCCAAAUGGAGAUAGUGAUCACACCAUACCAACCAGCCACUUUCUUCGUAACCGUAAACCGUGUAAAAGCUCUGACAUCC